GAAGGAAAGAGCCGUUACAUUUGCUAGCGGGUGGGUGGGGGGAAGCAGCCCAUCCCUCUCCCAGCCCCACGGCCGGCCUUUGGUUGAGGGAACCACACCACCCUGCAGUUUCCAGCAGAUGAAAGGGGAGGGGGUAGGGGAGCGAGGCGGGGAAGCCAGCCAGCCCAGGGCCAUGACGUCAGGAAACUUUCCCUCAGUGGCUGAGCCCAGAAGGCUGAAGCCAAGGAGGCGGCAGCGAGCGGCGCUUUUCUCUCACGCCGCGCGCGCGUCUCUGUUCGUGUGUGUGUGUGUCCGGUGUUGCGAGUCGCCUGGGGUCGGCUCAAGGCAGGCGGCUGUCGGGGCUGCAAGCUUUGGCCCCUCCGGAGCCGUCCUCGGCUGGCUCUUUCGCCGCAUAGCCGCUCUCCGACGCCCUCGCGCCCUCUCCUUCGGCCCGACGCGCACGCGGAGUCCGGGAGAAUUCCCUGGCUGGAAUUCGGUGGAGUUGGACGAAGGGAGAACUUGAUGACUUGGCGUUGGCUUCGGGAUUCCUUUCGGCGACUGACAGCGGGAGGAGGAGGAGGAGAAGCAGGAACGGAGGGGGAGGAGGAAGGAGGAGGAGGAGGAGAAAGCGGGCGUCGAGGGAACUCUGGCUGGGCUGCAGGCCAAAACUAGUGUCAGCAAGUGUCAAUCAGGCGGAUUUUUCCGCUGGGGAUGUUUUGGUACCAGAAGAAGUUACAACUGAUAGAGCGAAAAGCAUUAAUUGAGUAACACGUUAAUCUGUAUUCUGUAUCCAUGGGAAAAGAUUUGACGAAGGGAGAGGUUUCAAGACAGAAAGCUCUUUUUUAAAAGCCUAUUCAUCCUUAACUGAAAAAUAGGAAACAAUUGCAUGAAGUCAAGUAUGUGGACAAAAAAGUGAAUUAUUUCUCCUGAAAACAAACAACCAUUUUGAUCCUUGCUAUAAAUCUGAGCUUAUCAAGUUUAAAUCAUAUGCACAGUGGAUGAUUUCUCAUCAUGAAUCGUGCUUUUAGCAGAAAAAAAGAUAAGACAUGGAUGCACACUCCUGAAGCUUUAUCAAAGCACUAUAUUCCUUACAAUGCAAAGUUUCUUGGCAGUACAGAAGUGGAACAGCCCAAAGGCACAGAGGUUGUAAGAGAUGCUGUGAGAAAACUUAAGUUUGCAAGACAUAUUAAGAAGUCUGAAGGCCAAAAAACACCAAAAGUUGAGUUACAGAUUUCCAUAUAUGGCGUAAAGAUUCUUGAUCCAAAAACAAAGGAAGUCCAGCAUAACUGCCAGCUCCACAGGAUAUCGUUUUGUGCUGAUGACAAAACCGACAAAAGAAUAUUCACUUUCAUAUGCAAAGAUUCUGAAUCAAAUAAACACUUGUGUUAUGUCUUUGACAGUGAAAAAUGUGCAGAAGAGAUAACUUUAACUAUUGGCCAAGCAUUUGACCUUGCUUACAGAAAAUUCCUAGAAUCGGGAGGAAAGGAUGUUGAAACACGAAAACAGAUUGCUGGGUUACAGAAAAGAAUUAAUGAAUUAGAAACAGAAAAUCUGGAGCUAAAAAAUAAGGUGCAAGAUUUGGAGAACCAGUUAAGAAUAACCGAAGUACAUACAUUGCCAGCAGGCAGUGUUACGCCAAAAUCUCCUUCCACCGACAUAUUUGAUAUGGUUCCAUUUUCUCCCAUCUCCCCAAAGCCAUCAACACCUACUCGCAAUGGCACCCAGCCUCCACCAGUGCCCAGUAGAUCUUCAGAGAUCAAGCGAGACCUUUUUGGAGCAGAACCUUUUGAUCCAUUCAGCUGCGGAGCAGGAGAUUUUCCUCCAGACAUCCAAUCUAAGCUAGAUGAGAUGCAGGAGGGGUUCAAAAUGGGACUGACUCUGGAAGGCACAGUGUUUUGCCUUGAUCCUCUAGACAGCAAGUGCUGAUUGUCAGGAAUAGACAUUUAAAAAUAUAUUAUCUUUCUUUAUUUCUUUUUACAAAAAAUUUAAAAUGUAUUACAAAUAUUAUUGAUGUGCCAAAAAUGUUUCUCAACAUAUUAUCUUCUGUGAGAUUUGCUUCUUCAAAACUCCAGAUAAGUUGCAGUAUUAUUCCUGUAAAAUGAAAAUUUACUCAUGUACAGAAAGCUAAAAUGAAAUGACACUGCUGUUUGGUUUUUGUCUUCCAUAUUUUGCAAGUCAUUCUUUGUAUCUUUUGGCAACUCACUUGUACAGUAUGGGAACCCAUCGUAUCCUGUGAGAAGUCUUUUAAAGCUUUCUUGGACACCACUUUCAGAUAACAGACAAGCAUAUGGAACUAUGAUUGAAAAGAACAACUUUUAAAAUAAAAUCCCACAAUUGCUUUCUUAAUUCCACACAAAUACUGUUGCCAAUAUGAAAUUAGGUCGUAAACCACUUAGAGUCGCCUCGCAGCGAAAUGGGCAGCAAACAAAUUUAAUAAAUAAUUUAAAAAUGUAACUGCUUACACGUUCCUGUAAACAAUUACAGUGAGUCUGAAAAUCAUAGAUCCAGUCUAUACAAUCUGAAUUUAUAUAGCAUAGCUUUCUAAUAAAUUGUUAUUAAGGGCCACAAAUCAAGCUAGGGUUCUAAUGAACUGCAGUGCCCCCAAUUUAUGUUAAUUUUGUGAGUGCACAACAUUUCUGACUUUGAAGUAAAUGUUAAAGGCAGCCUCUAUGCUUUUCAGGUGCAUCGUAUUUAACAUGCAUCUGCUAAAUGAAAUAGAUUAAUAUUUUUACAAUUGCGAUAUCUAAUCUCUAUGCCAAAUAUUAGUAUACCAAUUAUUUUCUAUUAUUUUAUAACUUAAAAAGCAAUCCCUAAAGAUGUAUAAAAUUUGAUUAGAUUUUUCACAUUCAAGAGGGUACUUGGAAAUUUAUACACGAGAACUGAAUUUUUCAGUAAAUCAUACAAUAACUAGCUGUUUUGAACACACUCAAACACAUCCAUGUGUACAUAGAAACAUUCCCAAUGUUACACACUAUUUUUAGAAUCGAGGCCCAACAUAGUAUUUCUCAACAUAGUUAUUUGAAAAUCCUACUGUGAAGGUUAAUUAAAAGUGUGCAUGCUAAGGGCACUGCUUGUGGUGCAUGUUAAAUUGCUAUGUAAAUGGCAAUGUCUCACUUUAAUUGCAAAAAUGCCAUUACAAUAGUGAUGGCAUUCAAAAAUGCCACACAUAUUUUGGAAAGUGAUCUGAGGCCAUUGAUGCAAUUGUAUUGUUGGAUUUAACCUGCCUAGGACCUGAUAAUUCUGUUCAAACCACUUGGAAUAUAAGGGUGACAAAUAGAUAAAUAGUUUCAUUUUGCAUCUAAUGCAAAAAUUACAAAUGAAUAUCACGCAAGGAAUCAAGAUAAAAGAAUUUAAGGUAGGUUCUUAAUGAAGGAAGAUGACAGGUUUAUAACUUCUGCGAGGGAGCUUAUUACUGAGAUAAUGUACUACUUUGUCUCUGCAUAGCAAUAAAUGAAAUUUUAGUUGUGCAUUUCUUUGUAUUCAUAAAUUAAGUUGCUUGUUCAUUUUUUCCCCAUUUUUACCAACAGUGUAUUCAACAUGUACAAAAAAUUGUUUACCUUUCUGGGAAAGUUUUUCUCUCCUGUAAGGAGCCGUUCACUGUAAAGAAGACGGGGAGAAAUGCUUUUUAUAUAUAAAGAAAGAUAAAGAGAAAUGCUCAGGAGAAAUGGGAAAGAAACAUAAGAAAUUAUUUUGCUCACUUUAUUUUUCAGGGGAAAACACCCUAAUGGUCCGGUACUUGGUUUGCAAAAGAAUAGUUUUUUAUGUUAUAUUGCAAGGUUUACAUAUGUAUUCACAACAUAAAAAGGAAACGUUUAUGCAAUGGUAUUUACCUUUUAAAGCUUUGUUCCAAUCUUACAAAAUACUUAAGCAGAUGCCUAGAUAACCUGGAAUUCUUUACAUGCUUAAAAUUAGACAGCUCUAUAGCUGUAUAGCCUUACUGAGUCUUUCCUAUACUCUGAUUUGUGUUAAGUCUUCCUUUAUUAUUUGGUUCUUCUUUUGUAUUUGCAUGUAUAUCUGUAUCUAAGCUCUGAAUCCAAAGAGGAUGGAAUGCAUUUCUACAGUGUGUCUGGUUUCCUACUUCCCUUCUGGCUACAUAUCCUCCCAUCAUAUUAAAUGCCAAUCCAGAAGCCUCCCAUUAUUUUAUGGGGUGAUGGGCAGGGUGAGAAGAAACAGAGCCAUUAGGAAUAAAAGAAAAUAGAAAAUGACUCUUUGGAUAUUGGCCCUUGUGCCUGUCAAUAUAGAUAUAUAUGAGAUCACUAAUGAGUAGAAUAGGCUCUGUAUCAUAGAGAGACACAUCUAUAAUUUUGUUCAUCAAAUAGUAUUUUGCAGUUUGUACAACAAGGAUGUUUAGUAGCCAUAUUAAUGGCUUUUUUAAACAAAUAGAAUUUGUAUUUUUAUCAUGAAGAAAGCUUUACGUAAUAAGCAUAUAUUUAGGGGCCAUUUACAAUGGAUGUAGGAGAACAUUCAGAAAAUAUUUGCACAUUUUAAAUCAUUGUUUUACUGAUUUUUAUGGAAAUUGAUUUGCAAAUUGCUAAAUGUAAUCUAAUUGAUCAAAAUCAGAACAUCUAAAUUAAUGCAGCAAGAAAUCACAUUUUUAUGAAAACAGUUUAGUGCUUUGGUUGAAAUUUGUAUUUCUAUGUAAUCCCAACUGUCUCUUUUAUUUUGCUUCAAAUAAAUGGUUUAAUUAAACUUG